AUGAUUGGGGUUUGGAACAUUAGAGGGAUAAACAAUCCUAUUAAGGAGAUUGAGAUUGCCAACUUAAUCUGUAAAAAUAAAUUGAAGUUUCUUGGCAUUAUAAAAACUAGAGUUAAUGUCAGUAGUUUUGAUAAGUCACAAUCAGUUUAUGCACUGUAUAGUGGAGUUGGAGGGGAUGUCUUGUUAUUGUACUGUGAAUGGGGGGGCAUAGAUGUUGAUCCUCAUGCUGCUGAUGACUUUAAAACCUGGGUUAAUGAGUCUAGUUUGUAUGAGCUUAAAAAUGUGGGGAAUAGAUUCACAUGGUCUAACAAUCAGGCUAGCUCUGACAGAAUCUUCAGAAAACUUGAUUGGUGCUUUGUGAAUAGUAAGUGGGUUGAUAACUGGACUGAGUCUUUCUAUAAUGCUCAAGCUCCUGGAAUUUCUGACCAUUGCCCUUUAGUGGUUCAAAUUAAAAAUAGAACUGGGAACAGACAUACUGGUUUCAAGUUUUUUAAUGUGUGGCGUGAUCAUUCCAGUGUUUUGGAUAUUGUUAAAAGAGGUUGGGAUAAGGAGGUGCAUGGUCAUCUGAUGUUCCAAAUUGCUAAGAAGCUGAAUUUAAUGAAAAGAGAUUUUCAAGUUCUAAACAGAAGAGAUUUUAGUAAUAUAUCUAAAAAGGUGGAGAGUAUUAGAAAAUUAGCUGAAAAUUUGAGUAAUGAUCUUCAAAAAGACCCUUUUAACAAAGACCUGCUGGAUGAAGGAACAACGAUUAAUGUCUAUUUGCACAAGUUAUUGAGUUGGGAAGAGAGUAUCUUGAGACAAAAAUCAAGAAUGAUCUGGAUUGCUUUAGGUGAUCAGAACACCAAGUAUUUCCACCGUUAUAUUAAGCAAAGACAGGUGAAAAAUAGAAUUGCUUCUCUUAAAAUUGCAGAUGGCAACAUCUUUGAUAAUGGCUAUGUGCUAACAGAGGAAGAUAGAUUCAUGCUGUUUGUUUGUGUAACUGAUGAGGAAAUCAAAUAUGCUUUGUUUGAUAUCAAUGUGGACAAAGCUCCAGGUCCAGAUGUUAUAGAUAUUACUCAAGCUAUUAAAGACUUUUUCAGGAAUGGAAAUCUUCUAAAACAGGCCAAUAGCAUAUGCUGCAAUGUUAUCUAUAAAACUAUUUCUAAAGUUUUAGCUAAGAGAAUUAGUAAAAUUCUUGAUAAAGUAGUGAGUAAAAGUCAGUCUGCUUUCAUUCCUGGUAGAAGUAUAUCAGACAAUAUCCUCCUUGCCCAUGAAUUAGUUAGGAACUAUCAUAGGAAAAAAGGCUUCUCUUGUGCCUUAAAAGUUAAUCUUCAUAAAGCAUAUGAUUCAGCGGAGUGGGAUUUCAUUGAGGAAGUUAUGAUUGGCAUGAAUUUCCCUAGGAACUUUAUCAAGUUAAUUGUGUCUUGUAUUAUAUCUGCUAUGUUUUCUGUGCAAGUGAAUGGGGAGCUUGUUGGGCAGCUUGGUAUGGCAACUAAAGAUGGGUCAGGGUUUAUUUUCCACAAAAGCUGUAAAAAGAUCAAUUUAUGCCAUUUAGCAUUUGCAGAAGACCUGUUUCUCUUCUGUAAUAGGGACCUCAAUUCUGUAAAAAUCCUUAAAGAGACCCUUUCCAACUUGUCUAAGGUUUCUGGUUUAAAGCCUAAUUUGAAUAAAAGCUCUGGUGUUCUCCCUGUUAGAUACUUAGGACUCCCUCUCAUAUCCACUAAGCUUUCAAAAGAGCAGUGUAAUUCUUUAAUCAGCAGAAUCACUUCCAGAAUUGCUUCAUGGUCUGCAAAGUGUCUUUCCUAUGCAGGAAGACUUCAGCUUGUCAAGGCUAGUGUUUCUCUGGCAUAUGACACUGAGAAAAGAAGUAGUCCAGUGAAGUGGGAUGAUGUUUGUGCUAAGAAGAGUUAUGGUGGUUUGGGUAUUAAGGCAGUGUAUUUGUGGAAUGUGGCAGCUAUCUCAAAGCAUGUUUGGAAUUUGGUCUCUUUCAAACCUUCCUUCUGGGCUACUUGGGUUAUCACCAACAAGCUCAAGCUUUCCAGCUUUUGUGGUAUAUCUAAGCCAUUGGACAGUUCAUGGAGUUGGAGAGGUCUUCUAAAAAUUAGACCUUUGAUAGCUCCUUUUUUUGAGUAUAUUCUGGUAGAUGGUGCUAAAUUCUUCUUUUGGCAUGACCCUUGGCCAAAUGGUAUUUCAAUUGCUGACAGGUUUCCUGGUGUUGUUAUAAAAGAUACUGAGGUGCACAAAUCAGCUAAAGUUGGCAUCCUGUGGAGGAAUAAUGAUUGGGUCCUGCCUGACCCCAUUGAUCAAAGUACUUUAAAUGCUUGGGACUUCAUUAAGAGCAACUUCAAAGUGAACACUGAAGCUAGAGAUAGAGUGAAGUGGAAAGCCAGAAGCAAUGGCCAUAUACCCAGGUUCUCUUUUAUUUCCUGGCUAGCUAUGAAAGACAGCCUGAUGACUAAAGACAAGUUGAAGAAAUGGAAAGUCAUUACCUCAGACAGUUGUAGCAUGUGUAAUCUGCAUACUGAAUCCCAUAAGCAUCAAUUUUUUGAGUGUCAAUUCUCAAAUGAUGUGUGGCAGAAGAUUCUUUCUUAG